AUGCCCGGAAUCACUCGCUGGCCGGCAGUGCUGAAGAAUGAAGCUUCCCCUAUUCCCCUUCGACCCGCGCUGAUCCUCUCAAGAGCUCCUCAAAACCGUUUCUACCACGAUAGAUCUGAGCUACAUGACCUUCAUAUCGUCCGAAAUCAUGGAGUGAAAUUUGGGAAUGUGAUCUCUGGCCGCUUAAGCGACAGCAAUUAUUGCAGAUACGCGUCGACGAACUCCAAACCCACGUCGCCCGAAUCUCCGGAUCCAAUCGCCGAGAAGAAGACAACCAAGAAGCAACCACAACAACAGUGGCGGGUGCAAAAGGAUGCGCUCAAAAAGAAGUUCGCCGAAGGCUGGGCUCCACCGAAACGUCUCUCGCCCGAUGCCAUAGAGGGAGUGCGGGAGCUCCAUAGGCAAAACCCGCAAAAGUUCAGCACUCCUGUUUUAGCGGAACAUUUCAAAGUCUCCCCCGAGGCUAUUCGCCGGAUAUUGAAGAGCAAGUGGCGUCCCUCGGAAAAGGAAAUGGAAAAGAGGAAAAUCCGAUGGGAAAAGCGAAAAGACCGCAUAUGGGACCAUAUGUCAGAGCUGGGCCUGCGGCCACGAAGAGAAACACCCGAUUCGCCUUUGGAAACCAAAACGAUUGACAAACUGCCUGGAAACCAGGGGAAACCUUUCUAG